AUGAAUACGACCCCCAGUCCGCCCCCUCUCCGGUCUCUGGCGCAAUACUCCCACACUGGUCAGGACUCAGCGUCCAGGCGAGCGAAGAUUGGUCAGCUUCUCCAACGUAUCAAGGGUGUGUGCAGCGCCUGGUCCCCGGAGACCUCUUGCACGUCCGAGACGAGGUUUACUAUAUGGCUUCCACCCCUGGAGAACGGGCCGGCCCACGGUGGGCGAGCUGCAGUCUCCCAGCAUCCUCAGCAAACGGCGCGGGCAGCGGUGAAGGAGAAGUCUCUGCGUGUUUCACGCAUCGGGACUGGGGGACAUGUGUACCGUAAGGCUUCUGGGACGUGGCGCGCUGGAAACUGUGGGGAUGAUGAGGACGAGUGUAACAAUGAGGGAUUCAUGAUGCCAGCAGCCAUCUCAGAGGAACAUGGUAACACAUAUUAUAACAUUGGAUGUUACUUCUAUUCCCUCUAUCACUCUUCCAUAUCUCUCUCUCUCCCUCCAUGUCCCURCCUCCCUCUCUCUUCCUCUAGGUUUUAUGAUGAGAUAGGCACUCCACUGCUCUCUGAUAUCAGGGUGAAUUACACAGAGGACUCGGUCCAGUACGUCACCCAGCACCUCUUCACCAACUAUUUCAACGGCUCAGAGAUCGUCAUCGCCGGCAAAUUGACCAAUCAAAGUGCAGACUCCCUGCACGUCCAGGUCACCGCCAGCAACAGCGACAAGAGCAUCGUCCUGGAGACAGACGUGGCGUUACGGCAAAGGGAGGUGGAGACGGAGAGGCACGUGAAGGAGGCGGCGGCCGGGGUMGGGUCAGGGGUUACAGGGGCGGGCACGACAGGGUCAGUGGCGGAUGAUUUCGUGGAGCGUGUAUGGGGUUUCCUGAGUGUGAAGGAGGGGCUGAGGUCCAGGCUGAAGAGCCAGACCAGCAGGGAGAGAGAGGGACAUACCCAGCAGGCGACUGACCUCUCCCUGACAUACCACUUCCUCACGCCCCUCACCUCCCUGGUGGUGGAAAAACCUCAGGUGCUGGCCGACGGAACCAUGGCCGAGGACACACCCACCCCCACCCCUGUAACCACAGAGACAAAUAAGAAGGCUGUUUCAGCCAAUGAGCUGUCGGAUGAGACAGAAGGGGAGGAAGACACAGCCCAGAGCCUGCACUUGAAGAAAGACCAGCCGGGUGGACAGAGUUCCACAGUUACCAAGACAACGGGUAAAGUUUUGAAGAGGCCAGCCCAAAAAUCUGUAACCAUCUCCAAAACAUCAGCGGACGGCGAUCCCCACUUUGUGGUUGAGUUCCCCCUCAGUAAACUGACUGUGUGUUUCAACAUCAACGGAGAGCCAGGACACAUUCUCAGAAUGGUAUCUGACCACAAGCACUCUGGUGUGACAGUAAACGGUAAGCUGAUAGGGGCCCCAGCGCCAGCGGGCAGCCACAAACAGCAGAGGACAUACUUCAGCACCCUUACCAUCGUGGUGAACCGACCCAAACGUUCCUACAUCGAGGUCACCCCCAAGAAGGUCAUUCUGGAUGGACGUGACCGCCUGGUCCUGCCCUGCGACACCACAGUCUCCGUGGAGAGUGGCGGGCUUGCGGUGACGAUAGUGGGAAAGUCCACCGUGACCGUAACCAUAGGAAGAACUAUUAGUUUCGUCAUACUGGUGCAUCAGUACAAGAACCCUGCUCCCUAUCAGAGAAACCACCUGGGAUUUUACAUCUCCAACAGCAAAGGGCUGUCACAUGACUGUCAUGGACUACUGGGUCAGUUCCUGUAUGAGGAAGUGGGACUCGCAGAGCUUCCUGGCAAUGCCACGGCAACAGGAGACAACAGCACGUUUGAACGGUCACACAUCCUGAYGGUCAAAGGGCGUUCAGUGCCGGUGGUCCAGAAGACCCGGCGUAUCUACAGCGGACGUCAGAGCGUGGACUGCUGGUUCGCCAGGAACAACGCAGCCAAGCUGAUCGACGGACAGUAUGAAGAUUAUGUGGUGUCACACCUAUUCGACACGGGCGAUUGGCCCCACGGAAGUAACGUAGCCUGAGACAGGAGCCAAUAAGGAGCCAGCAAUGAACUUGUCCCGCCCACACAUAAACUAUAACCCCAGGUACAGCUAUAGUAGCCAACAUGCUCUUUUCAUACCCUCUGACGCUAAACCUCUAAAUCAGCUUUCCUUUUGACCCACAUACUCACACUCCAAACUACUCAACUACCCAUAGAGUUAGAUAAAGGACUCAUCUUUCUAUCUGUGCCAUAUACAAUUGAAGUCGGAAGUUUACAUACACUUAUGUUGGAGUCAUUAAAACUCGUUUUUCAACCACUCCACAA